UUAGAACUAACUUUCAGCUACUUGGAAAUCCAAGGAGUAACUUCCAGUAAACCAGGUCAGUUGAUUAUGGAAACUGAGAAAUGCAGCAUCUCCAUGAAGAUGGCGUCCUCGGAGGAUGUGAACGAGGUGCUGGCGCACAUCGGGACCUGCCUGAGGAAGAUAUUCCCUGGACUCUCACCAGUGAGGAUUCUCAAGAAAGUAACUAUGGAGCCUUCAGAAAGACUGGCUAAUCUCCAGGCCCUGUGGGACAGUCAGACAGUGGCAGAACUUGGACCCUGUGGGGGCUUUUCCCAGAUGUAUGCCUGCGUUUGUGAUUGGCUUGGAUUUCCCCUAGAGGAGGUACAGUGGGAUGUUGAUACGAUUUAUCUGACACAAGAUACUAGAGAGCUGAAUUUGCAAGACUUCAGCCACCUUGACCACAGAGACUUAAUACCUAUAGUUGCUGCUCUGGAGUAUAAUCAGUGGUUUACAAAGCUGUCCUCCAAGGAUCUGAAAUUAUCCACUGAUGUCUGUGAGCAGAUACUGCGAGUGGUGAGUAGGUCCAAUCGAUUGGAAGAACUGGUAUUAGAGAAUGCCGGGCUUAGAACAGAUUUUGCACAGAAACUAGCCAGUGCCCUAGCCCAUAAUCCCAACUCAGGACUCCAUACGAUCAACCUUGCUAGCAAUCCACUUGAAGAUAGAGGUGUGUCAUCUUUGAGCAUCCAGUUCGCCAAACUUCCAAAGGGACUGAAACAUUUAAAUUUAUCUAAAACCUCCUUGUCACCUAAAGGGGUGAACAGCCUUUCCCAGUCACUGAGUGCCAACUCGCUGAUUGCAAGCACGCUCAUCUAUCUUGACCUCUCAGGGAACGCGCUCCGCGGUGAUGAUCUCUCAAGCCUGUACAAUUUUUUGGCCCAACCAAAUGCCCUUGUUCAUCUGGAUUUAUCCAACACGGAGUGUGCGCUAGAUAUGGUGUGUGGAGCCCUCCUUCGUGGAUGUCUUCAGCAUCUAGCUGUCCUUAGCCUAUCUAGGACUCUCUUUUCUCACAGAAAAGGAAAAGAAGUCCCUCCCUCCUUCAAACAGUUUUUCAGCAGCUCACUUGCUUUGAUGCAGAUUAAUCUUUCGGGAACUAAACUCCCUCCUGAGCCUCUAAAAGCGCUUUUGUUAGGCCUGGCUUGCAAUCACAACCUGAAGGAGGUGUCUUUAGAUCUCAGUAGCUGUGAGUUAAGAUCUGGAGGUGCGCAAGUCUUGGAAGGAUGCAUAGCAGAAAUACACAAUAUCACCAGCCUAGAUAUUUCAGACAAUGGCCUAGAGUCUGACCUCUCAACCCUUGUAGUCUGGCUUAGUAAAAACCGAUCGAUAAGGCACUUGGCGUUAGGCAAAAACUUUAACAACAUGAAAUCCAAAAAUCUCACUCCAGUACUUGAUAAUUUAGUUCAGAUGAUUCAAGACGAGGAUUCACCUCUGCAGUCAUUGUCCCUCGCAGAUUCCAAGCUGAAGACUGAGGUCACCAUCAUUAUUAAUGCCCUGGGCAGCAAUACUUCCCUUACAAAAGUGGAUAUUAGUGGAAAUGCCAUGGGAGACAUGGGAGCAAAGAUGCUGGCAAAAGCCUUACAAAUAAACACCAAACUCAGAACCGUAAUAUGGGACAAGAAUAACAUCACUGCACAGGGCUUCCAGGACAUAGCUGUGGCACUGGAAAAGAAUUACACUUUGAGAUUCAUGCCUAUACCAAUGAAUGAUGCUUCCCAAGCACUCAAAACAAACCCUGAGAAAACAGAAGAGGCACUGCAAAAGAUAGAAAACUACUUGCUUCGUAAUCAUGAGACCAGAAAGUACCUGCAGGAGCAAGCGUACCGGCUGCAGCAAGGCAUUGUCACUAGUACCACUCAGCAGAUGAUUGAUAGAAUAUGUGUUAAAGUGCAAGAUCAUCUCAACUCUUUAAGAAACUGUGGUGUGGAUGCUGUACAGGAAGAUGUCAAAUCUGCGGAACGGCUUAUGCGGGAUGCUAAGAACUCCAAAACACUCCUACCAAAUCUGUAUCACCUCGGUGGAGCUUCUUGGGCAGGAGCAAAUGGUUCGCUCUCCAAUCCAAUCCAAGAGACACUUGAAUCCAUGGCUGGAGAAGUCACAAGGGUUGUGGAUGAGCAACUUAAGACGCUCCUUGAGUCUAUGGUGGAUGCAGCAGAAAACCUAUGCCCAAAUGUAAUGAAGAAGGCUCGCAUCCGUGAAGACCUGAUUGAGGCUAGCACGGAGAAGAUUUCCAUCCCGCGCACUUUUGUGAAAAAUGUCCUCUUGGAGCAGUCUGGAAUUGAUAUCCUCAAUAAAAUUAGUGAAGUAAAGCUGACAGUGGCUUCUUUCCUGUCUGACCGAGUUGUAGAUGAAAUCCUGGAUGCACUUUCCCAUUGCCAUCACAAACUGGCUGACCAUUUGACCAGACGUGGCAAACCACUUCCACAGCAGGCAUCACUGGCAAUUGAGUUAGCUGAAGAAAAACCAACUAAACGUUCUAUCAUCACGGUUGAGGAAUUAACAGAGAUAGAACGUUUGGAGGACCUGGACACCUGUAUG